AUGAGAGACAUUGAUUCAUACAAUGCUGAAGAUGAUGUUGAACCAAAUGUUGGACCCUCUGAUAAAACAUCUGGUGAACCAAGUGGACCUCACACAAAAUCUACACCUACCCUAGAGGAUGUACCUAUUCUUGACAACUUUAUAAAUGACAUAUUGGAUAGAAAUGAUGUUGCCUUGGAUUCAUUAAGUGAGGAAGAACGUCAAAUGAAGAGGAUAAAGCCCCAAGAAAAGAAGUGUAAGGAUGAAAAGGUGGAUGAAUUGCUCAGUAAGCUGACCAAGGAAGAGGAUUAUGAUAUAGAAAAAGAUGAGGAAGACACUGGGAAUGGAGAAUAA